UCAAGCGCGUGUAAUUCAACUCCCUCCUUUAUCCUACUCCUUAAUUUCUGGUUUUUAGUUAAAAUGAACUGGAAGUAGUUAAAAAAUCACGCACGCUUGAAAGUUGAAACACAGCGUUUUCCAUUUCCGUUCACCGCGUGAUCUUCAAGCAUCAUCCCCAUUUUUUUUUCCAAUUAGAGGAAAAACGCAAAUUCAUAUCAAAACGAAGAUCAAAAUGCGAAACCCUAAAAUCUCCCAACCCUCUCUCCUCUAAACCUUCAUCUCCUUUUCCUAUUAGUUGUUUUAUUGCCUCAACCUCUUGUUUUUUUUUUUACCUUUUUGCUCAUGGCGGAGGUCGGCGCCGGCAGCGGCGGAAGUUCAUCUUCGAGGAGAGAAGAGAUUAAUGGCGCUGGAUUAUCUUCGAUGGACUCUUUAGAAUCUCGUUGGGUGUUCCAAGAUGAGGACGAUUCUGAGAUCGAUGACGAGGAAGAUGACGACGACUAUGACGAUGCGCCGCAUCUUGCUGGAGUAGAUUCCGAUGACGAGGAUACUCAGGAUCAGCGCUUGAUUCGCACUGGACCACGCAUCGAUUCCUUCGAUGUUGAAGCUCUCGAAGUCCCCGGUGCACCAAGAAGUGAUUAUGAGGACUUUGGUAUGGGGAGGAAAAUAGUUCUUGCCUUUCAGACACUUGGAGUUGUAUUUGGAGAUGUUGGAACAAGUCCAUUAUAUACCUUCAGUGUGAUGUUUAGCAAGGCACCUAUCAAUGGGAAUGAAGAUGUUAUUGGAGCAUUAUCACUUGUUAUAUACACCUUAAUCUUGAUCCCCCUAAUCAAAUAUGUCCUUGUGGUUCUUUGGGCAAAUGAUGAUGGUGAAGGUGGUACUUUCGCAUUGUACUCAUUGAUUUGUCGACAUGCUAAGGUCAGCCUUCUCCCAAAUCAGCUACCAUCAGAUGCUCGCAUAUCAAGCUUCAGGCUAAAGGUGCCAUCUGCUGAACUUGAGAGAUCACUUAAAAUAAAGGAGAGACUAGAGACUUCAUUGACUCUGAAAAAACUUCUUCUGGUGUUAGUGCUUGCCGGCACUUCUAUGGUGAUAGCUGAUGGGGUUGUCACACCGGCAAUGUCAGUGAUGUCAGCUGUUGGUGGUUUAAAGGUUGGAGUUGAUGCAAUUGAGCAAGAUGAAGUGGUGAUGAUAUCAGUUGCCUUUCUUGUGAUUUUGUUCAGUGUACAGAAGUUUGGAACAAGUAAAGUGGGACUUGCUGUAGGCCCUGCUUUGUUCAUAUGGUUUUGUUCUCUAGCAGGCAUUGGAAUUUACAAUCUUCUUAAGUAUGACACCAGUGUCUUGAAGGCAUUUAAUCCUGUUCACAUCUAUUUAUACUUCAAGAGGAACUCAGUUAAAGCUUGGUAUGCUCUUGGCGGUUGUCUUUUAUGUGCAACAGGGUCUGAGGCAAUGUUUGCAGAUCUUUGCUAUUUUUCGGUGCAAUCAAUCCAGCUUACAUUUGUUUUUCUCGUAUUGCCUUGCCUAUUGUUGGGUUAUCUGGGUCAAGCUGCCUACCUUAUUAAUAAUCCUAGUGGUGAAGAGCAGCCUUUCUUUUAUUCAAUUCCAGGUGGUAUGUUUUGGCCAAUCUUCCUCGUAGCUAAUAUUGCCGCUUUGAUUGCCAGCCGAACUAUGACAACAGCCACAUUUUCAUGCAUAAAGCAAUCAACUGCUCUUGGUUGUUUCCCUCGCCUGAAAAUCGUUCAUACAUCUAGAAAGUUCAUGGGUCAGAUCUAUAUCCCAGUCAUAAACUGGUUUUUGCUGGUAGUUUGCUUGAUCGUUGUGUGCUCUAUCUCCAGCAUUAACGAGAUUGGAAAUGCAUAUGGUAUAGCAGAGCUGGGAGUCAUGAUGAUGACAACAAUUUUAGUCACCAUUGUCAUGCUUCUCAUAUGGCAGAUAAACAUUGUAAUUGUCCUGAGCUUUGUGAUCUUUUUCCUGGGUUUGGAACUGACUUUUUUCUCCUCAGUUUUAUGGAGUGUGACAGAUGGAAGUUGGAUAAUCUUGGUUUUUGCUGUGAUAAUGUUUCUCAUUAUGUAUAUCUGGAAUUAUGGUAGCAAGCUUAAGUAUGAAACUGAAGUAAAGCAAAAGCUCUCAAUGGAUUUGAUGCGAGAAUUGGGCUGCAAUCUUGGGACAAUUAGAGCUCCUGGCAUUGGUUUGGUUUACAAUGAGCUGGCAAAAGGAGUACCAGCUAUAUUUGGCCAUUUUCUAACUACACUCCCUGCAAUCCACUCCAUGAUCAUCUUUGUCUGCAUAAAGUAUGUCCCUGUUCCUAUGGUGCCUCAGAGUGAAAGAUUCCUGUUCAGGCGAGUCUGCCCUAAGAGUUACCAUAUCUUUCGUUGCAUUGCCAGGUAUGGUUAUAAGGAUGUCCGUAAAGAAAAUCACCAGACAUUUGAGCAGCUGCUGAUCGAGAGUAUUGAGAAGUUCAUUCGUCGAGAAGCUCAGGAAAGGCAAUUGGAAAGUGAUGGCGAUGAAGACACUGAUAAUGAAGAGGAUACCUCUCUCUCAAGGGUUCUCAUAGCUCCCAAUGGAAGUGUUUACUCACUUGCUGUUCCACUGUUGGCUGAGUUCGGGAGCUCUAGUAAUAAUCCCAUUUCUGAAGCAAGCACCUCAGAGGAGGUGACGGCAGAUUUGCCUGUAGAUCCAUCAAUUUCUGAUGCGGAGCAUGGUUUAGAGAGGGAGCUAUCGUUCAUACGCAAAGCUAAGGAAUCUGGAGUUGUUUAUCUUCUUGGUCAUGGAGAUAUUAGGGCAAGAAAGGAUUCCUGGUUUAUUAAGAAACUAGUUAUCAAUUACUUCUAUGCUUUCUUGAGAAAAAAUUGCAGGAGGGGCAUUGCAAAUUUGAGUGUGCCCCAUUCGCAUCUCAUGCAGGUUGGCAUGACUUACAUGGUUUGAUGGUACAUUUUUGCAAACCAAAAUAAGGUGCAUAAUUUUUCUCACUUUGAAAAGAACGGUUCCACAAAGGAAGAUGAACAUUCAGAAAGGGCCUAUCUUUUCAGCUUAUCUCUGAUCGAAGCUGCAUCGUGGAGCUCAAGUCAACUGCUAACAGUAAGUCUUAAACCUUUCUCUUGAUAACGCCGGCCCCUUGAAUCUGCAAAUUUGUUAUGGAAUACUGUUUGUUUUCAUUUUGUUUUGCUGAUUAGGAAGUUUUGUAACGAUUCUGGAGUUGCCUUUCCUUUUCCUGUAUUGGUUUUUUCUCUGUUAGAAGCUGGUUCAUAUCAAAUUAAAUCUUGUUGUAA